AAGAUUAUUGGGGUUUUCAAACCCAAGAGUGAGGAGCCGUACGGACAUCUGAACCCCAAAUGGACCAAGUGGCUACAGAAGCUGUGCUGCCCCUGCUGCUUCGGGAGGGACUGCCUGGUGCUCAACCAGGGCUACCUGUCUGAGGCUGGGGCCAGCCUCGUAGACCAGAAACUGGGCCUCAACAUCGUGCCCAGGACAAAGGUGGUGCAGUUAGCCAGUGAGACGUUUAACUACAGUGCAAUAGACAGAGUCAAAUCCAGAGGGAAGAAACUCGCUCUGGAAAAGGUGCCGAAAGUGGGUCAGCGUUUUCACCGGAUCGGACUGCCUCUCAAGGUGGGAUCUUUCCAGCUGUUUGUGGAAGGUUACAAAGAUGCUGAUUUCUGGCUGCGGAGGUUUGAGGUGGACCCAUUGCCCCCCACUACCAACCAACAGCUUCAGUUGCAGUUUGAGAGGCUGGUUAUCCUGGAUUACAUCAUCAGGAACACAGAUCGGGGAAACGACAACUGGCUGAUCAAAUACGACUGCCCCAUGGACAACGCGAAUGCAAGGGACAGUGACUGGGUUAUGGUGAAGGAACCGAUUGUAAAGAUUGCUGCUAUUGACAACGGCUUGGCGUUCCCCCUCAAGCACCCCGACUCCUGGCGAGCGUACCCUUUUUACUGGGCCUGGCUGUCUCAGGCGAAGGUGCCUUUCUCUCAGGAGAUCAAAGACCUGAUUCUUCCCAAGAUCUCAGACCCCAACUUCGUCAGGGAUUUGGAGGAAGAUCUUUACGAGCUGUUUAAGAAAGACCCAGGGUUUGACCGGGGACAGUUCUACAAACAGAUCUCGGUGAUGAGAGGACAGAUCCUGAACCUGAUGCAGGCGCUGAAGGACGGCAAGUCGCCACUGCUGCUGGUCCAGAUCCCCCCGGUCAUCGUGGAGACCACCCGGACCCACCCCCGCAGCAGCGAGUCCUACACACAGAGCUUCCAGAGCAGGAAGCCCUUCUUCACCUGGUGGUAGCGACACCUAGCAGUGGGGGUUGGGGAAACGACCCACCCAAGACCCCACCUGACACUACAGCAGGGGGGAAAUGUCCCGCCCCAGCUUACACAUGAGGGGGGAAAGCGCCCCUUUGCAACUUGAGGCCCAUGGGAUGGGGGAAGGUGGGCAAUGCUGGGAUCUGCUGCCAACCCAGCACAAUAUGGACAAAGCUUGACCUGAUUGCCCCCCCCCCCCCGCCUCUUUUUCUUUUUCCGUCCGCUAAUAUUGCACACACAUCACUACCUGUCCGUGGGGAGGGGGUCUCUGUGUGUGUGGUGGGGGGCGGAAUUCUGUAGAAUAAUUGCACUUAAUUAACAUUAAUUCUUUAUUUUAAUUUCCCCCCCACCCCCUCCUUCACCACCCCUUCAUCCUCCAAACUCCUACCCCCUAGUGGGCACGGACAUACACCCCCCCAGUCCCCCCCACCCGCCCACACUCUCCGAACUUGCACCAACACUUCACACUGACCUGUGUUUGAGUUGACUGAUACGCUGUGACCUUGGAGCUGUUAACCUCAAUUACCCCUCCCCUUUGGCCUUUCCCUCGGGCCUCUCCCACGGGACACCACCACCCCUUCGAGCCCCCCCCCCG